AUGAAUCCUAUCCGUCGGGUUGCGGUCAUUGGAGCUGGGCCAUCUGGCCUGGCCUCUGUGAAAUACCUCCUAGCCGAGAAACAUUUCGACCAGGUCGAUGUUUUUGAACAGAGAAGCUCUGUUGGGGGAGCCUGGAACUAUAGUCCUAGCUCCUCCAAAAUAGGAAUACCCACUACAGUCCCUCACCUGAAUCCCCAUGAACCAAUUGAGAAGCCGAUGUGGAUUGAUCAACCCGAUGGGACAAGUGAGGCGGUUUUUGUGUCACCUCUGUACGAUAGGCUGGAGACGAAUAUCCCCAAAGAGUUGAUGUGCUACUCGGAUAAGUCGUUCCCUCCGCAAACGCAGUUAUUUCCUAAACACCAAGUGGUAAAGCAAUACCUGGAGGAAUAUGCCGAAGGCUUGAAGAGUCUCAUCCAAUUCGAAACUCAGGUGGUGGAUGUAAGAUUGAAAGAUCCCAGAUCGAGCACAUGGGAACUAACCACCAAACACCUGCGCACGGGCGUCGCAAAGUCACGCAUAUAUGACGCUGUGGUGGUAGCGAGUGGCCACUUCACCGUCCCUUUUGUUCCCGAUAUCUCAGGUAUCCGGGCUUGGGACAGAUCCUACCCAGGAGCUAUCAUGCAUUCCAAGUUCUAUGACUCUCCUGAGGCUUUUCGAGGCAAGAAGGUGAUUGUGGUGGGGAACUCUGCCUCCGGGCUCGAUAUCGGGGCCCAGAUCAACGAGGUGAGCUUGGGCAAAAUCCUGGCCUCCCAAAAAUCCGAAUCGUACCUGGCCGCCUCGGCCCCAGCGGACAAAAUCAUUUGCGCGGAGAUCAUCGAGUUCCUGUCUCCAGCAACCCAUGACCGAGCCAUUCGCUUUGCAGACGGCCGUGUCGAGGAGCAAGUCGAUGCUAUUGUCUUCUGCACAGGAUACUUCUAUUCGUUCCCGUUCUUGUCAUCUCUGAAUCCUCCCGUUGUCACUCAUGGAUGGCGAACGAUGAAUGUAUACCAGCAGUUGUUUUAUAUCGAUCGACCUACUCUUGUAUUUCCCGUCCUGUCGCAGAGAGUGAUCCCAUUCCCUAUGGCCGAGAACCAAGCAGCUGUCUUCUCUCGUGUAUGGUCGGGGCGACUGCAACUUCCUUCAAGAGAAGAAAUGAGAACAUGGGAAGAUUCUGAAAUUGCGACUAAGGGGGAUCAGAAGGCAUACCACGUACUUCCAUUCCCUCAGGACGCCGACUACCUGAACUUCCUCUACGAUUGGGCAUCAUCGGCGGAAGCACGCCCGGGACUUGAAAACAGUGGGAAAGGGAAACUUGGCACGUAUUGGGGAAGUCGAGAGAGGUGGAUGCGUUCCCUCUUCCCUGAAAUCAGAAGAAAGUUUGUUCAGAAGGGUGAUCAACGGGGACAAAUACAGUCCCUCGCGGAGCUUGGAUUUGUGUUUGAAGAUUGGCAAAGGGAACAAGAACGAGGAAAGCUAUGA